AUGUGUGAUCGUAUUGGUAAAGUGGUUGAUGUGUUUACCUCUAACAAGAUAUCUCAAUUGGGUAAACGAUUUGGGUUUAUUAGAUUUGUGGAUGUUUCAGAUUCUGAACUUAUGAUAAGAAAUUUACGUGAAAUUUGGUUUGGAUAUUACAAACUUUUUGCUUCAUCACCAAGAUUUUCGAAACCUCCUAAUCCUCAUACAAAAGGUGGCAAUUCCAGGGAAAAAAGAAAACGGGUUUGCCUCAUUAAGGGUAUGGAUUUUCAUACAUUGCCCAACCUACGUAUGCUUUGCUUUGAUGAGGGAUUUGAGGACUUUGAUAUCCGAUAUGUUGAGAGCCCAUGGGUUAUGAUUGAGUUCAAACACAAAGAAGCAUGUAAAAAAUUUCUAGCAAGUGAUGUUAUGAACCAUUGGAUAUUAGAGAAAAGAUCUUGGGAUAGGAACUUUGUGCCUACGGAUCAUUUGAUAUGGGUGGAUCUUGAAGUAAAAGAAGCAUCCGGGUGGACUUCAUCUUUUGUAUGGGAAAAUAAUAAGUUCGGUAGUGAAAAAUUAAGUGAUCAAGGCAAAUUCUUAGAAGAUCGAGAUGUUAAUUCACAUGGUGAUACGAAAGAAGGUUCAUAUGAUCAAUUUAGGAUUUAUGAAACAGUAGAAAAAAUGAAAGAAGAUGGCAGAAUUGAUAAGGAAAAAAUUCUGGAUGUAUAUGAAGAUGAUUCCCUGGUUAAUGGUGGUAACAAUGUUAAUACUCAUGAGAAGGGACAUUUUUGGAAUUCUUUUGAAAAAAAAGUGCUAAAAUUUUCUUCUCCUAUUUUUGUCUCUAAUAAGGUGGCAGCCAUUGUUCCGGCAGAGGAGGCAUUUUCGGCAGCAGCUCCAGCUCCAUCUGCUACCUUGGUCACGGACACGGCCCCAGUCUAUCCUCUGGGUUUUUCCAGUUGGAAUAAUUUAGAUGGAUUCUCGGAGAAUUCUUAUAAUAAAGGGACUUUUUUGAGUGAGAUCCAAAAAAACAUUAGAUAUUGGGAAGGCCAUGGGAUACAAAUUAGAAGGGUGUUAUGA